ACCGUGGUUCACUGAGAAGGACACAUUGACAGACGGAAAAUAGAAUACCAAAGUAACUCGAUAUUUUAGAAAUAUAUGUGGCAGGAACAUGGUUCGGAGAAUAUUCACGCAAUGGUUUGGAUAGUUAUUUAAUGUUGUGCAUUAACAAUGAAUCUAAAUAAGCUGAUGACGUGAAAGCAAUAGACGGCUAUGAGUGGCAUUGUUGAGUCCUGUCCUGCGAAUUCUACAGAAAUUACCAAAGCGUCCUCCAAUCUGAACUGUAGCCGGGAUAAGUAUGGAAAUGACCAGUACAUUUGUGUCCCUAACGUUAAUAAGACUGCCCUCGUGGAGUUCUGUAAUAAUGGGAUCAUGGGUAUUGUUGAAAAGGGUAAUUGUUUGGAAGUCAGCGAAGGAGAACUUGUUAAAAGAAGUUGUACAGGGUUUGUUGAAGGUUGUCCAGAGAUACAUUACGGUAGAAAUGAAAUAUACAGAUAUCCUGCCUGUCAGAGAAUCAACACAGACUACAAAUGUUAUCUUGCUGACCCGUCUUGUCCAAAUAAAACACGACAGUUCACUACAGAGGACACGUGGGGAAGCUCUACAGCAAGCUUCAUGACGUCCUUUGAAUUCUCUAACACAACAGAGAAAGGUGUCUAUACAACACUACCUACUAACGCCGGAUCUGUUGGGGCGAUUGUUGGAGGACUGGUAGCUGGUGUCGUCAUCAUUGGAAUUGGAAUUGUCUUAACAGUAAUAGGAUUUAUUGUCUGGAAAAGGAGAAAGAAACAGAGAAAGAAACAGAGGAGAACAGGCAAUACAGAGGAGGCAGAGGUGGAGUUGUUAGCUGAGACAGAAAAUACGCAGCCACCAGAGAGACGUCAUUCAAGACCGUCUGAUGACGACAUUGGAGAAAGACAAAAUCUUGCAAACUUACAAAAUGAAAGUGGAUCGCUCGUCAACAAUGCUGCAGGUGUUUCUGAAUUUACACUUACAGAUGAGGUAUCUGAUGGCACACCACUUACAAUACAUGCUAAGACUGAGACGGAAACUGACACACUGGUGUAUGACGUUAUCCCUGUGUCCGAGUGGGAGGAAGGAAAGAUUCUGAUUUAUUUGACAGCAAACUGUACCUACCAUGUCAGUUUCUCCAUAAAUACGUGCUAUUAGAUUAGCAUAAUUUUUGUUGGAAAUCAAUCUAUUUCCCUCCCAUUAUCAUUUUUGUCGUUUUUAUGCCCCGUCAUGGAUAUGACCGGAAUGUUGAGUGUAAGUCAUGCCCUUCUUCCAUCUUUCCAUUCCUCCGUCCUCCCGUCUGUCCUUCCGUGUCACGUUGUGUUUAGCUCGUUUCAAAGAAACUAUUCAAAAUAUCUUUAUCAUGUCUUAUCUGCUGAUGCAUAUUGGAGGCAUCUAUUCAACUGUAUCGAUAUUUGUUUUACCUUAACAAUUUCUUUGACCUCACUUUCCCUUAUUUGGUGUUUAGCUCAGUUUCAUAUCAAAUAUUAAUACUAUUUUAAGUGUAUAUUGACCGGGAUCAAUUUGUGUAAUUCACAUGUUUAUUUGCUCAUUUGCAAACUAUCCAUUAGUAAACGAAUGUUUGUAUAUUUUGGUCUAUUACGUCAUUUUGUUUAAACGUGGUUUAUUACGUCACUUGUGUUGAUCAUGGUGAUAAAUGACAUGUUUACUUAAAACGUGGUGUGCUAAAUCAUUAGACAUUUCAAUGAUUAUCCAGUAACAAUAACUGAGCUACGGAAUACAAGAAGGUUUGCUCAUAUAUGGGUUUUUCUACUUCCAAACUGCGGAAUAUAAAUAUAUUUUUCUGAAAACUAUUUCGCUGAUACAUAUUAGUAGUAGCUGUUCAACUGUAGCAUUACGUGUUGACAUCGAUCUUCGCUGUGAUAUUCACCUCAAUAUUCCCUAUUUGAUGGUUACCUCAGUUUCAAAGCAAUUAUUGAAGAUGUGUUGCCCUUUUCUGAGUACCAUCGUGUCACACAUAUGCAUAUGUAUAUGAAAGGUGAAGAUAACAAACUGAUCAAUCUCAUAACUCCGAUAAGCAAUACAAAAUUGAUAAUUGGGCAAACGCGGACCACUGGGCACACCAGAGGAGUAAGCAUCCCCUAUACAAAUUUCAUGUGAACAUAAAUUGCUUUUUUGUUCUUUUUUAAAAAGUAAUUUUGAGUAAUGAUAACUUUUUCUAUUGAUACCUAGG